AUGGGACACAAGAGAGUGAAGAUGGAGCUGAUAAAGAACGAGCGAAACCGAAUCCAGACUUUCAAGAAGCGGAAGGCCAACCUGAUGAAGAAGAUGUCCGAGUUCUCCAUCCUCUGCGGGGUGGAAGCGUGCCUGAUCACGUUCGGUCCGACGAGGACGACCGAGGCGGCGAAAGAGGAGGAGGACAACGAGCUGGAGACGUGGCCCUCGGAUCCUCGAGCUGUCAGGGCAAUGAUCCAGAGGUACAGGACCUCGGAUGGCCCCAAGAGGACCUACCAACUCUCCGAUUACUUCGCGGAGAAGAAGAAACGAGUCGACCUCGAGCUCGCCAAGAUCAACAGGCAGAUCUACCGGCGCAGGUUCGCUGCCGGAUGGGACUCCAGGCUCGACGGAUUCUCCGCGGAUCAGCUCACCGUCCUGCUGGGUCAGUUGGAUGCCAAGCUCAAACUGGCCGAUAGAAAACUCGCGAGCUUCAGCUCAGUUGAAGCUGCUCGUCGUUGUAAUCGGCUGGAGUUCGAUUUCAGUCCCAUGGUGGUUCAGUUGCCUCCUGUUAUUCCUGCUGCUGUGGUUGGGAAUUCGGACAUUAUGGGCUUCGGUUGGAAUAUCGAGAAAUCGGGAUUCUGUGACGAUUACUUGGAAGUCAGGCAACAGCAGCAGGAUAAUAGUUCCCAGUCGACCCAUCAGCAGCAUCAGCAGGAGCAGGAGCAGAGUUCGUUUAUGGCUUUGUUGAAUGCGAAUUCCUCCGAAGCAGGGAAUGAGAUUCAGUAUCCUAACCUACAUUCCCACAUUGGGUUACAGCAGCUUUUGCCGGAUGUGAACAGCUCUGGUGGUUGUUACUCUGCAGCAGCAGCAGCAGCAGCAGCAGAAGAAGAAUCGAGCCCGAACGAGUUGAGCAAUACCGGGUACUCGAUCGAUUUCGAGCUUUUCAAUCAUCAAGUGACGAAGCCGGUGCCUGAUAGCCAAAUGAUGAUGAUGACGACGACGAGGUUUGGAGGUUACGGUCAGGAUUCGGAGACAUAUGGUUCGUUUGGUUGUGCUGCUGCUGCUGCUACUUAUCCGAAUCCAUGGGGGUUGGAUUCUUAUGGUGAGUUUGGGAUGAUAAAUUAUUCUCACGAUUGGUCGACGAUGAGUUACAUGAACCCUCCAUUGAGCAGCUUUCAGCAAAUUCUGCAGCAGCCGCAUCAGUUGCAGUUUCCGACGACGACGGCUGCAGGAUUUUCUCAUGCGCCCAUGACUGGAAGCUCUGGUUUUAACCAGAAGUGA